GAGCAGAGUGAGUCAAGGACAAAACAAAAGUUGAGAGAAAGAGAAGGAGAACCAAUAUAUGAUGUAUGUAUAUAUAUAUAUGUGUGUGUUCAUUAUGAUGCAUAUAUAUAUAAUAUAGAGAAAAGAAAUAAAGAAGGAGAUGAUGGAGAGAAUGUGAGUGGAGUCAUUGAAUCUCACAUGAAUGCACGAGGCUAACAAGCUGCUGCUGCAGAUGUGGGGGGACGCCUCUCAUCUAUUAAUCAUAUGGACUACUUUAUGUGGGUCACUUCAUUCAUUCCCCCCCCCUUCUUAUAAAUGUACUUUCUUUUACCAUUGUAAAGAUUAUUUUUUUUAAUGUACUUUCUUUUACCAGAGUAUUAUUUUUAAUUAAUUUAUUAAAAUUCUUUUUCGAAAAAUUUAUUUAUUUACUUUUUUUUUCACCUUUGGCAACGACAAUUAUUUUACCAAAACUCUCCCAAAUGUUAUACCUAACAGUUUUAAUCAAAUUAUGGAAAUACGACUCCAUUGUAGUUCGACUUGUUGUUUUGAUAUCUAUACAAAUACUUUCCUCUCCUGAUUAACAAUCAUGCCACCGUACGUUUUGAAAAUGGUAAUAGUGGCAAUUUCAAUAUGCACAAUUCCGUGCGGUACCCUUUGUACUUCUUUAUCUAUACAAAUAUAUACUUUCCCAUUACUUAUGCCUUAGUUUAUAUAAUGAUACGAUAUUGUUUUUUUAUAACCUAGCAUUUAAAAGUUAAGUUUUACUUUUACCAAGAAAAGUUUCCCUUUCUAACUUUCAUAAACUAAUUACCUUACCCUGUUUUCCUAGGCAACAUUAUGUUUUAGCUAUUGUAUCUAUUUAACUAAAGCAUCAACCAUUGGAACUUUAUAUCUAAAACCAGAUACGGAAAAAAUUUUAAAUGCUCUCAAAAAGUAUACCCACCAUGACAAUUAGUCCAAAAGCCAAAGCCCGAAUAUAAACCCGAUCCGACCGACCCCUGUCCCUUCUCUGAUACCUUAUAUAUAUAUAAUAAUAAUGCAUGUUUGGCAUUAGAAUUAUAUCCAUGCAUGUUCAUCACCAGUUGUUUUUAAAUUUUUAAUAUUAAUAAUCUCUUGGAUUCAUAGCUCCAAUGCUCUUUUGGCUCUCACUCGCUUUCUUUUUCAUUUUGCUUUUCGUUUACACGCGUGCACGAACACAUGCAUAUAUAUCCUAUUUUUCAACAAAACAUAAAAGGAAAAAAAAAAAAAAGAAUAUUUCACUAUGAUUAAGGGUAUAUAAGCGAAGGAAAAGAGAGAGGGGCAUGCGUGCGUGCGGGAAGGAAAGUAAGGAAGGAGAAAAUCAUCGAUACAUGAUGGAGAUGAUGAGCUCAUUAACGUGGAUUAUUGUGUUUGUGACAGCCAUUUCGCUUUCCAUCCUAUUUCUCUAUACCAAAAGCAAAUCCAAGUUUAGCAGUUUAAGUUCCAAAAACUUAUGCCACCUUCCUCUAGGAACCUUGGGAUGGCCUUUUCUCGGCGAAACCAUCGACUUCAUUUCUUGUGCUUACUCUGACCGCCCCGAGAGCUUCAUGGACAGUCGUCGCCGCUUGUAUGGCAAAGUGUUCAAGUCACACAUAUUUGGGACCCCAACUAUUGUUUCAACAGAUGCAGAAGUGAGUCGAUUCGUUCUGCAAAGUGAUGCAAAGGCUUUCGUACCGUUUUAUCCGAAAUCCUUAACUGAGUUGAUGGGAAAAUCCUCCAUUCUUCUAAUCAAUGGGAGCUUGCAAAGGAAAAUCCAUGGUCUUGUAGGAUCUUUCUUCAAGUCUCCGCAUCUUAAAGAUCAGAUCACUCGGGACAUGCAAAAUUAUGUGCAACAAGCAAUGGAUAAAUGGAGAGAUGAUGCCCCCAUUUUCAUACAAGAUGAAACCAAAACUAUUGCUUUUCAAGUGCUGGUGAAAGCAUUGAUUAGCUUGAACCCAGGUGAAGAAAUGGAAAUCCUCAAGAAACAGUUCCAAGAAUUUAUCUCAGGCCUUAUGUCUUUACCUGUAAAACUACCCGGAACUCAACUUUAUCGAUCAUUGCAGGCAAAGAAGAGAAUGGUUAAGAUUGUACACAAAAUCAUCCAAACUAAAAGGGAUUCAAGCAUGAGUUCAAUGGUUCCAAAAGAUGUGGUUGAUGUUUUGCUCAAGGACGCUAGUGAACUAUUAACCGACGAUCUAAUAGCAGAUAACAUGAUUGAUAUGAUGAUCCCUGGUGAAGAUUCAGUGCCUGUUUUAAUGACUCUCGCCAUAAAAUACCUUUCCGAUUGUCCCGCUGCUUUACAUCAAUUGACGGACGAGAACUUGAAGUUGAAAAGGUUGAAAGCUCAAAAUGGAGAGCCAUUGAUUUGGAGUGAUUACUUAUCAUUACCUUUUACACAAAAUGUAAUUACAGAGACACUAAGGAUGGGAAACAUAAUAAUAGGGGUGAUGAGAAAGGCCAUGAAAGACAUUGAGAUUAAAGGGUAUCUAAUACCAAAAGGAUGGUGCUUUUUUGCAUAUUUUAGAUCAGUCCAUCUUGAUGAAAAUCAUUAUGAUUGGCCUUAUCAGUUUAAUCCAUGGAGAUGGCAAGAAAAAGACAUACUUAGCAGCUAUAACUUCACUCCAUUUGGUGGUGGACAAAGGUUGUGCCCUGGACUUGACUUAGCCAGGCUUGAAACUUCCAUUUUCCUACACCAUUUUGUCACCAAUUUCAGAUGGGUGGCGGAAGAGGACACGAUUGUCAACUUUCCAACAGUGAGAAUGAAGAAGAGAAUGCCGGUUUGGGUGAAAAGAAGGGAAGAGCCAAAAUUUCCAGAUUUUUAGACUUCAGUAAUUAGUACUAGUCCAAUUCAAUGUAUAUUUCUUUCUUUUUUAUUGGGACCCAAUAAAUUAUCCUUUCUUUUUUGCAUUAA